AUGGGGCUUCUGAAUCUGCCUCAAUUCCGCUACCAUGGACCAUGGGUCCAAAUGUUGAUUGCUGGCCUGGGGGUUGGCUCUUCCGCCGGCAUUUACGUUGCUCUGAACUUGCUGGGUGCUGGGGGCGGAAAGCCCGACUCGGCCCAAGUUGUUCAGGUUGUCAACGCGACAUUGUGUGCAGUAUGGUUCUUCUCCUCUUCCUUCGGCGGCUCCAUCUUGAAUAAACUCGGGCCUGGCCUUACCAUGUGCAUCGGCGUUCAAACUUACGCUGUCUACGUCGGAUCGCUGUGGUACUACGAUGAGACUGGCAAGACCGGCUAUCCUUAUGCCGCUGGCCCCAUCAUUGGAAUUGGCGCGGGAAUGGUCUUCAUCACUGCCGGAUACGUUGCGACUGGGUAUCCGGAAGAGAGUGAGAAAGGAUCCUAUGCAACCAUUUUGAUGAACAUGCAGGCUCUUGGCUCUGUCAUCAGCAGUAUCAUUCCCGUGAUCAUCAAUCGAAACUCUGAGACUGUCGCUGGCGUUCCUCGGUCGGUAUAUAUUUCAUUCAUAACUAUCAUGGUCGUUGGUGGUUUGCUUUGCUUGCUAUUGCUUCGACCACACAGGCUCACAAGAGACGAUGGGUCAGUUGUAGCCGUUGACCGCCCAAGAGGGGCUUGGGAUGAGCUGAAAGCAAAUUUGCUCGCAUUCACGGACCCAAUUUUGGUCCUGAUGCUCCCCGCAUUUCUUCCGUCGGAAGGCUUUCUCGUGUACAGCGGGUCAGUGAAUGCGUUCAACAACAAUCUUCGCACUCGAUCUCUCCUGUCGUUCAUUGCUGUCGUCCUGCAAAUUCCCGCGGGAUGGGCCCUACAAUGGGUUCUUGACUACCCAGGCUGGGGCCGACGCAAAAGAGGACUGGUUGGGCUGACUGGUGUUUGUGUGCCUCUUGUUAUUGCGUGGGUAUGGGAAAUGAUCCGCACUCGCAAUUACGACCGCAACCAUCCUUCAAGUCACCCCACGGAUUGGGAAGACGCUAAAUUCGGUUGGGUCUUCGUCCUCUUCAUGCUCACUUGGGUCUUUUCCCAACUCUGGCACAACAUAGUAUACUACUGGAUUGGCGCAUUGACCAACUCACCGCAGAAGCUCACACACUACGUGGGCAUCUUCCGUGGCGUACUCGGCGCCGGUGAGGCCAUCUGCUUUGGCCUGGACAGCAUCAAGAUCCCAUUUAUUGCCGAGGCAGGAGGCAUAUUGCUUUUCUAUGUCAUGGGCAUCGCAAGCUUCUAUUACCUGGGCGUCUACCACAUGACGGACACGAAUUACGACAAAACUGAGGAGGGCGCUGUGAUUCCGAACCACAUUCUAGAAAGAGACGGCCUUGCGCCUGUGCAGGAGAUACGCGAGCGUACAAAGGACCCACUGCGUAGUGGUGACAAAGUUUGA